AUGGACAGGGAUCUAGAAUGUGAAGCAAAUGCAAUUGUUGUUCUUGUAAAUAACUCAACUCUUAGUAUCAAAGCUCACAAUGAUGUUUCUCCAAAUAUGAAUCCCCCACUUCCGCCACCACCUCUCUUGUCUGCUGCAAUCAUUGCAUCGGCCUCUUCUGGACCUCAGUCUGCAGGUGUAAUACAAAGGCCUACGUCAGGAUCAAUUGACCAAAUGGCACAUUUACGACCACAAAGUCGUCCAAGUGUGUAUAUUGCUAUAUACCCUUACAGUCCUCGAAAAGAAGAUGAACUGGAACUGCGGAAGGGAGAAAUGUUCUUAGUGUUUGAACGCUGUCAAGAUGGCUGGUUCAAGGGAACUUCCAUGCAUACCAGCAAGAUUGGUGUUUUUCCUGGAAAUUAUGUGGCUCCAGUUACAAGGACAGUGACAAGUGCGUCACAAACAAAAGUUCCCAUGUCUACUGCUGGCCAAACGGGACGAGUGGUAACUAUGGUCAGCCCUUCCACGGCUAGUGGAACAUCCCAGAAGCUCCAGGGGAAUGGUGUGGCAGUGAACUCCAGCACAGUACCCACAGCUGUGGUUUCUGCAGCGCAUAUCCAAACUAGUCCACAAACCAAGGUUCUUAUGCACGUGACAGGACAAAUGACAGUCAACCAGGCUCGCAAUGCAGUUAGAACAGUUGCUGCACACAGUCAAGAAAGACCUACGGCAGCAGUCACACCCAUACAAGCACAGAGUCCAACAUGCCUUAUUCCUGCAGCUGUGAUCAUUCCCCACCACUCUGUUGCCUCCCAGCAGCUCCAGCCCCAGCUCCCAAAUACUGCUGCUUAUGUCACGGCUGUGAAUGUGAACCGUUCAACCAUCCCACUGGCAUGUGCAGCAGCUUCUUUGAAUUCUUCCAACAUUGCUGCUUCAUCUUUGGAGGGAGAUAUUAGUGGAAGAACUGUAAACACUCACCCUGGAGCUCCUGCAUCUCCAGAGAGUGCUUUAGCAGCUGGUGGAAAUGCUGCUGUCAGUAAAGUAGACAAGGAUGGCAAGAAAGAAAAAAAAGGUUUGCUGAAACUGCUUUCUGGAGCAUCCACGAAACGCAAGCCCCGAUUGUCACCUCCAGCAUCACCAACACUGGAGGCUGAGCAAGCAGCCGCAGAAUUAGCCCUGCAAGGUGCAGUUGGGCCAGAGCUUCCAUCAGCAGGUGGUCACAGCAAAGCUGGAUCCUGUCCCACUGACAGCGAGGUCUCUGGGCUGGCACAGGAGACGCUGCAUUGGAAAACAAGUUCCUUGGAUUCCUCUAUUCCAAUAGUGCCGCCGCCUCGGCAGCCCUGCUCAUCCCUGGGUCCAGUCCUGAAUGAAUCCAGGCCUCUUGUCUGUGAAAGGUAA